AAUGUAUCACGUCUUUUCUGUUAAACAAACUGGUCUUGUCUAAAAUAGCGAGCAAUGUAACGAGCGAACCAAAUAAGCCUCUUAGAGAGAUGCGUACGAUCAUAUACGCAUACAAGAGUCAGCCGUGGAAAAGAAGGCAGCGAAAAGUGCUGUUUAUUAGCUCGCUCACGUCAUUUAUAAGCCGUUUGGGUGAUGGCAGUACCCUACUUAUUUACAUUCUCUUAACAUCACAGCGAAUCUUAUCACUUCGCUAUCUACAUCUGUUCUCCGAUAGUCCACCUUUGUCCUCUUUCUAUUAUGGGGGUUUUUUUGUGCAGAAGUAUAUAGUCUGGACACUCAUUAUAUUAUUCUGCAGGUAG